UAAAUCCAUAUAGUGAAGUCGCUGGUGGUUGUCCUUCUUAUCCUUCUAAAAUGCUUCUACUUGUUGGAUUGGUUUCAGCAAUUAUUUUGCUGUUUAUAGAAAAAUCAAAUGCGGAAAUUGCAGGUUGUGAUUUCUAUGACACUGUAGACAUAUCAACAGGUCAAAAGUUUCCGAACGGUUCAUACCUAUAUGAUGGCCUAUUAAUCCCCGCCCAUUUGACGGGUACUUAUGACUUCAAGGUCUUGCCAGACGACACGUGGGACGUCGUGGCUAGCCACGUAAGAGGAUGUGUCUGCAAAUUAAGGCCCUGUGUCAGGUUUUGCUGCUCUCACAAUCACUUAAUGAAUGUGGGCGUGUGCUAUGAUAACAUGAAAAAGGAUGAUCUGGAAAGCCUCAACCCUUACGUGAACGUGACCCUCAAGAGCGGAGAGGUGGUCAAAAGACAUUUUAAAGACGAACUAAUCGUGCAAUGGGACUUGCCCAUGCCCUGUGAAGAAUUGUACUACCUAGAUCACACAGAGGAAGGAAAUGGCUUCACGCUGUUUGAGGAUGCAACCUUUCAAAUGCACUUCAACCAAUUGAUUUUCAACAAGCGGCAGUAUUGUGUCCAACAUUUAGCAUUCAAAGAUGGUAUUCGAAUUGCGCCCCACUACUGUAUACCCUCGGAGAACACUAGUAACUGGAAAGAAGUCGCAUUGAUAAUAUCAUUGAUCUGCAUGGCUAUCACUAUCGGCGUUUACCUUUACGUCAAGAAGCUACAUAACUUGCACGGCAAGUGCUUCAUUUCUUACAUGGUCUCGCUGUUCAUCGGCUACCUAUUCUUGCUCUUGGAACUGUGGAAUUUAUUACAGUAUUUCUGUGCAGCUGGAGGAUUCCUAAGCUACUUUUUCAUUAUGGCUGCGUACUUCUGGCUUUCCGUUAUCAGUCUGCACUUCUGGGCUAAGUUAACCAACGCCAAAAAUUCAGUGUACCGACUAAUGCCGGAACAUCGGUUUCGGGCCUAUAACAUAUGCACGUGGGUCUGGGCGGCGUCCAUGACCGGAGUCACCUUUCUAGCCAAUAGGGUCGUUCAGAACGUCAAUUGGCGACCUAUGAUAGGAGAGCAGGCCAGUUGUUUCUUCAACGUGCGAAACAAUGCUGCUAUGAUAUACUUCUACGGGGCGAUGUUAUUGACGAUUAUAUUCAACAUAACCAUGUUUAUCCUCACGGCAACUUUUAUAGAGAAAGUAAAGAAAGAUGCCAAUAACGCUUCUAAGAACCACUCGGAAAAGCAAACCUAUGUGAUGUACCUCCGUCUCUUCAUUGUGAUGGGUCUGUCGUGGAGCUUAGAAAUCUUCGCCUUUUUUGUUAAAGACAGCACGUAUUGGUCUACAAUUUUCCAGGUGGCUGACUGCAUUAACCUUUCCCAGGGUACCAUGAUAUUUGUGUUAUUCAUUUUGAAGCCAACUACUCUAAAACUGAUAAGAGAUCAAAUGCAUCCAGGACAUAGGCCCAGUACCACACAAAGAAGAACAAGAGAAUGUCAAAAUACUGGUACAAGUUACACGGCUUAUGAGUGGAAUGAUGCGGAUCAAAACGAAGCUUAGAUACAAUUAGAGGCAUUCUAUUAAUUUAUGCCUACAUAUCAGGACUUAAGGAAUCUGCAAUAGGAUUAAAGGAAAACCUCUUGUAGCGUAAGCCUCUUCUAUUAAUUUGAAUUUGUUUAUUUGCAAUGUACUCAGGAUAAAUUAAGCAAUAAUUGUGUUUUAAAUGACAAAAGUUAAAAAAACUUAAAAAGUUAUACCAAAAAAAACAACUUAAUUUAUAGAUUAAAUUUUUGUAUACUUACUUAUUCCCUUACUCAUUGUAUAAUGAGUACUAACUUAUUGUAUUAUGAGUAAUAGAUGAUAAAAAUUAAAUUUGUUGCUUAUCGUAAUUAUAUUUUAUAAUAAUAUGUGCAGAUUUGUUUUCAAAACGGAUACUCAAUUUUUCACUCUUAUAUAUAUAAGUAUAAAUAUAAACAAGAAGAAACGCUAUAGCCGA